UAAAACGUGUUUGGUUUGGGCAUCUCAUGCCUUAUCUAUUCUUAUGACGUGUCAAAGUAGUGGCGAGUAUGUUUGAUAAACCAAGAUAAUACCAAUUACGUAGCCAAGCAGGAAUAAGUUACCCUCUCGUUGUCAUGCUUCGUUUUUCGUUUGGACUGUUUGGAUUCUGCACUAACCAAAUCAUUCUAAUUUACUAUACAGUUUGUAUGAGUGCAUUCUUAAUUUUUCUAAUAAUUACAGUAUCAGGAACUCUGAAACUUCGAAUAUUAUUUUUGUAAUAUUAUAUUUUACUGUGCCAUGUGAUUCUUUUGUUCUAAUUGCUUGUCUAUCACACAUUUUAGGUACUAAAUGUUAUAUUAUAACAUUAUACACUAUUCGUAUUUAAAUUGGUGUAACUUCAAAAGUUGUUAAUCUAGUGAUAGUUUGAAUAAGAAACGAUUCCUCGCUUAUUUAUUAAACGUGAAUCUAUUUCUUCAAAAUUUGUCGGUCAGUGUUGAACCUAAAGCCAUAUUCAUCUCAAUGAGUUCUAUAAAUGAUGACGAGAUUUUGUUUCAUCAGAUGGUGCAUUCAUUUAGUUUAGAUCAUCUACGAAAGAUUUUAGAUAGUAUACCAAACCAGUCAUCAAAUGGGAAUGAAUCGUCUUUACGUGACCGGCUUAUAUACUUAUUAACAUCAUCUAAUUUAUCUCUAAAAUCUUUGGCAAUCCAAAAAAUGGUAGACGUCCAUUGGCUUCGAACAGUGGAGAUGAGGCCACUUGAAUCUUUACAUGUCGACCUAUCUAAUAUAUCAGAUAUAGCAGAACAUUUACUUGUACCCCAAAAUGAAGCCUUACAUUUUGAACAUGAUCUACCGUUCUUUAAAACAAUAUGUACAUUGUUAUCGCCCUUGUACUGCAAGAGUGAGGUUCAGAUUAUCACCUUACAUAAGUUCUUUUAUAUAGAAAAAAGUACUAGAGAUUUAAUUGUUAGAUCUUGGGAUAAUGACACCAAAGCAUAUAAAUGUGGAGUUAUUUUAAGAUUGGAACAAAUUGGAGAGAAACCAUUCACUGACCGUUUACCUUUCGAUUUUAAAGUUUCUGUGAAUGGUCAUAAAUGUUUAUUACCUAAGUCAAUCCCUAAAUCAUCCGAAGUAUCUACGUCAUCAACGAACAACACCAUUCCAUGUCAAUCCAAUAUUCAUAUAGAUUUAACUGAAUAUUUAGAUUUAAAUACAAGUUCACAGAACUCAUUAGAUGUUAAAUGGUCAAAUGAAAUAAGUGAUUUUAUAGUUGGUGUUUAUGUGGUCCAAAAAUUAAUUUGGAAAAAUCUGCUUGUAAACCUUAAAAAAAGACCAUUUUGUGUUGCUGAAAAAACUAUAGAACGCAUUAAAGAAUUCGCAGAAAGUGAAAUUGAUUUGUUGAUUUCCAUUCAGGAUCCAAUAACUAAACUAAGAAUGAAACUGCCUGCCCGAGGUAUAGGAUGUACACAUUUGCAAUGUUUUGAUGCAAUACAUUUCUUACAAAUGAAUGAACAAAAGCCAAUGUGGUUGUGCCCAUUAUGUAAGAAACGAAUUAAAUUUAAAAACAUGGAAAUCGAUGAAUAUUUCUUAAAGAUAAUUGAAAAUCCAAAUUUAAGUGAAGAAUGUGAGAAUAUUGUUUUAUCAAAAGAUGGCACUUGGACUGAAAAAAAAAUAAACGCUGUUUCAAAUAAUUUAAGGACAAACAACUGUGAAUCAACAAAUAUAGGAGUAAUUAUAUUGUCAGAUUCGGAAGAUGAUGAUAUUAUAAAAAAUCAAAACGUUUAAAAUGCUCUUCACAAAAAAAAAUAAUCUAGAUGGCAGAUUUUAAA